CCGCGGCGGAUAAGAGUUUUUCUUCCAGAGGCGCACGCCGCGCCACGGCGAGGCACCCACCAGUCCACCACCCACCGUCCACCGCAGCGCGCCAUGCUCUCCCUCCUCCCGCCCGCGCGGCUCCGCGCCGCGCCCUCCGACGCCUCCGUCACCUUGCCGCGCCGCCCGGCCGUCAUCCUCCCAGGGCUCGGGAACAACACGGGCGACUACGCGCGGCUGGCCGCGGCGCUGCGGGACGGCCACGGCGUGCCGUCCGUCGUCGCCCGGGUCUCGCGCCCCGACUGGCUCCGCAACGCCGCCGGGCUCGCCGACCCCAGCUACUGGCGGGGCACCCUCCGCCCGCGCCCCGUCCUCGACUGGUACCUGAACCGGGUGGAGGAAGCGGUGUCCGAGGCCAGGGAGCUAUCCUCUCCAGAUGGGAAGCUAUCAUUGAUAGGGCAUUCAGCUGGGGGCUGGCUCGCGCGCGUGUACAUGGAGGAAUUCGGGACUUCUGACAUAAGUUUGCUGCUCACGCUUGGCACUCCCCACCUGCCUCCUCCCAAAGGUGUUUCUGGCGUAAUUGACCAAACUAGAGGACUACUGAACUACGUCGAGAAGAAUUGUGCCCCCGCAGUUUACACACCAGAACUACGAUAUGUAUGCAUUGCUGGAAGGUACAUUCAGGGUGCUCCUUUAACUGGAAACUCCCUGGCUACUACCACAGAUGAGCUUGUCGCCGUGGACGCCCCAUCAGAAGUAGCUGAAGCAGUCAUGGCCAGUGCCGACAACAAAACCGCUCCGACAGGCCCCACCUUCCGGGCCCGUUUCGUCGGACAAGGCUACAAACAGGUUUGCGGCAGCGCCGAAGUCUGGGGAGAUGGGGUCGUCCCCGAAGUGUCAGCGCAUCUAGAGGGCGCACUGAAUAUAAGCUUCGACGGCGUGUACCAUUCUCCUGUAGGUUCUGAUGAUGAAGAGAGGCCCUGGUACGGCUCACCGGCGAUCCUAGAGCAAUGGGUGCACCAUCUCCUCAGUUGAUGCCACAGAAGCUUGACCAAUUCCAAAAAAUUGUGAACAAAAUGGUGUAUUGCCAAGCCCUUUUCACUAGUACAGCACGGGAUAGCAAUAUACAGUAAUAAUGUACAGAAGAUGCAGCCGUAUUCUCUUCUCGUACUGUUCCAGAGUGUGUCUGAAUGUCUCAGGCGCGGGCGUUCCUUGUACCCUUUAUUCAGCAGCUUAAACUAUUGUGUUUUCCUUUCCUUUUUGCCAAAUUGGAGUACAACUCAAGCCAAUUCAAUGUGUAUGAAAUUGCAUGCACAAUGUGAGCUACAAA